AUGGACGGCAUGCAGGGCCCCCACCUCUGCUUCCCUCACCUCAACUCCUCCUGCAAGAAGGUGCUGCGGCCUCGCUCGGAGACGGCGCUGCUCUACACCCUGAUGUUCUCCAUCUCCCUGAUCACCGUCCUCCUCAACCUGCUCGUCAUCAUCUCCAUCAGCCACUUCCGGCAGCUCCACACCCCGAGCAACACCCUCCUCCUGUCGCUGGCCGUGUCCGACCUCCUGGUGGGGCUGGUGGUGAUGCCCAUCGAAGGUUCACGCUACACAGAGUCGUGCUGGUUGCUGGGAAAACUGAUUUGUGCUCUGAGCCCUUAUGUGUCUUACUGUCUGCUCUCAGGCUCUGUGAGCAACAUGGUGCUCAUAUCCAUUGACCGAUAUGUGGCAAUUUGUGACCCGCUUGUUUACCCUUAUAAGAUCACUUUGACUAGGGUGAAAAUCCUGAUCUGUUUCUCUUGGCUGUGUGCUGUUCUCUACAAUGCGGUUAUUCUGAUGGGACACCUGAGACACCCAGACAGGUACAGCUCCUGCCACGGCGAAUGCGUGGUGGUCAUAAGCCACAUCUCGGGAACUGUUGACCUUUUCCUCACCUUUAUUGCACCUUGCGCUACCAUGGUGUUUCUGUACGUCAGGGUGUUUGCGGUUGCCGUUGCUCAGGCGCGUGCCAUGCAGUCACACGUGGCGGCUGUCGCGUCUGCCACGGCGGUGGUGAGAGCCAGGAGAUCAGAAAGAAAGGCAGCCAAGACUCUGGGGAUUGUUAUACUUGUUUUUCUAAUGUGCUUCUGUCCAUAUUUCUAUCCCUCUCUUGCAGGUGAAGACACUUCUAACAGCCUGACAUACUUUGCAAUGUUGUCUUGGAUCAUGAUGCUCAACUCUUGUAUGAAUCCUCUGAUCUAUGCCAUGUGCUAUCCCUGGUUUAGGAAAGCUGUUAAAUACAUCAUCACUCUGAAGAUACUGCAGCCUGACUCCCACAAUGCCAUCAUACUGUCAGCCACCUGA